AUGGCUAAGCAGCAAUUGCAAGUGCUUAAUGCACUUGAUGUGGCCAAAACACAAUUGUACCACUUCACUGCAAUUGUGAUUGCUGGGAUGGGAUUUUUCACAGAUGCCUAUGAUCUCUUCUGUAUAUCUCUGGUGACCAAAUUGCUCGGCCGCAUAUACUACCACCACGAGGGGUCUGAAAAGCCAGGCACUUUGCCUCCAAAUGUGUCUGCUGCCGUCAAUGGCGUCGCCUUUUGUGGUACGCUUGCAGGCCAACUCUUCUUCGGGUGGCUUGGUGAUAAAUUGGGUAGGAAAAAGGUCUACGGCAUGACCCUUAUGCUUAUGGUCAUUUGCUCAAUUGCUUCUGCCCUGUCGUUUGGGAAUCAACCGAAGGGUGUUAUGGCUACACUUUGCUUCUUCCGUUUCUGGCUGGGCUUUGGCAUUGGCGGUGACUACCCGCUAUCUGCCACAAUCAUGUCUGAGUAUGCCAACAAGAAGACUCGUGGAGCGUUUAUUGCUGCAGUUUUUGCAAUGCAAGGUUUCGGAAUUUUGGCUGGUGGAAUGGUAGCAAUCAUUGUAUCUGCAUCAUUUAAGGCCGGAUAUCCUGCCCCUGCAUAUCAAGAGAAAGCUUCUGCUUCAACUGUCCCAGAAGCUGAUUAUGUUUGGCGCAUAAUUUUAAUGUUCGGUGCACUUCCAGCCGCACUCACUUACUACUGGCGUAUGAAGAUGCCUGAAACAGCACGUUAUACGGCAUUGGUAGCCAAGAAUGCCAAACAGGCCGCUUCUGAUAUGUCCAAAGUAUUGCAAGUUGAACUCGAGGCAGAACCUGAAAAGGUCGAGAGGCUUUCUCAGGAGAAAGAGAAUGGUUUCGGCUUGUUUACAAAAGAAUUCCUCCGACGCCAUGGACGUCACUUGCUUGGAACAACGAGUACAUGGUUCUUGCUGGACAUUGCCUUCUACAGUCAGAAUCUUUUCCAGAAGGAUAUUUUCACUGCAAUUGGAUGGAUUCCCGCUGCCAAAACAAUGAAUGCAAUCGAAGAAGUUUACCGAAUUGCAAGGGCUCAAACUCUUAUUGCCCUCUGCAGUACUGUACCAGGCUACUGGUUUACAGUAGUAUUCAUUGAUAAAAUCGGAAGAUUUGCAAUUCAGUUAAUGGGAUUCUUCUGCAUGACAGUGUUUAUGUUUGCCUUGGCUAUUCCUUACAAGCACUGGAAACAGGGAGAGAACCGAAUCGGAUUCGUGAUUAUGUACUCACUUACUUUCUUCUUCGCCAAUUUUGGGCCAAAUGCCACGACAUUUGUUGUCCCGGCUGAAAUUUUCCCAGCAAGAUUAAGGUCCACGAGCCACGGUAUAUCAGCAGCAGCUGGCAAGGCCGGAGCCAUUAUUGGGGCGUUUGGAUUUUUAUAUGCUGCUCAGCCUACUAAUCCAAAGAAGACUGAUGCUGGAUACCCUCCUGGUAUUGGUGUUAGGAACGCGCUUAUUGUUCUUGGCUUUGUCAACUUCCUCGGAAUGUUGUUCACUUUCUUGGUGCCCGAGUCGAAGGGUAAAUCACUGGAGGAAAUGUCACGGGAGAAUGAGGAUGACGAUUGGACUGAUGCAGAAAUGAGGCCACAAAGUGGUAGUGAAAUUAGGACAGUUCCAAUUUAG